CUCCAUGAUAAAAGAUCAGUUCCCACUCUUUAGUCUUUGUGGUAAGAUAUCCUUUUCUAUCUCUUUAUUAUAUGAGCCACUACAGAGACUAAAGCUUCAACCUUUUAAAAGUUGUUUAAAAAUUCAAUGGGAAAAGGAUAAGUAAAAAGAAGAGAAGGAUGGCUGCUUAAAAGCAUGCAAAAAUAACUAUUUAUCAAUUAAAAAGUGGAGAAGAAAGACUAAUUGAUAAUAGUCAGCUAAUACAAACAAAAUAAGUAAAUUAUAAUAAGCAGAUAUGAGAUGACUGGCUGAUUCUCACCAAAUAAGGUUACCUGAAUCUUAUAAUAGGCAUAUAAGGGAAGCUUGGAAAAAAAGCUCGGAGAAAACAAUUAAGUAUAUAUCUUCUUCAUAUGAUUUUACCUGCCUACCUUGCGCCCAAUAAGAACAAAAACAAAGAACAAAGGGAUGGGGAUAAAAUAAGAUCUACAUGCAGAGUGAUAAUCUCAACUAUCUUAAAGUCCUAAUCAUACCACAAAUGACAAAUCCAUCAAUAAAUAUCAUAAGUAAACACCCAAUAAGAUUAUCCCCUUUCCACCCAAAGUUAUUGGAAGAGUUUGUACCAAAAGUGGAGUGGAUAUGAAUUCAUGCAUAUCUUAAAAUCAGCAAUAGAUUAUAAUCAAAGUAUUCAUUACCUUGGAAUUGAUUCCACUUCCAAGAAAACGGAAAGAGCCAAACCACUAGCAACAAAAACAUAACAGUAGAAUCACUCCAAGUUUGAGAUUAAUAAAACAAGGCCUAAUUGUCGUUUCAAAUUAUAUAAUUAAUUUCCACUGGGAUUCCGCUUUGCGUAUGUCUUAUAAGAAGGAUGUUUUCUUGGUUUUAUCUGUUUUCCCAUUCCUCUUUUCAGGUCCAGGAUUCUCCAUGGCUAUCGAUAACACUUGUAGCUUGGUGUCUCGGCUAGAGUGAGUUUGAAUGAUCUUUCACAUCUCUAUAGAUCUUUUACUACAAUAAGGCAGUGAUAAGUUUGUGAAACAUUCCCAAUCCCAAUUGUGAUAGUUUAAAAGAAACAUGCUGAGAGAAUGUCAGCGAGACCUUUGAACGUAUAUUAGCAAUGAUUAGAGUUGAUUGAGAGAAAGUUCUUUAACAGAAUGGAACAUUGUCUAGCUAGGUGGAACAAUGAUGUUAAAUACAACUAGUUGUAUAACCUUUUUAAAUAGCAACAAUCACACUGCCAAUCUCUCAGUGUGUUAACUGAGCUAUGGAUUUGAAUGCAGAUGAUCAGAUAUUCUCACUAUGCUUCAACUUGCCUCGCUAUAUAUCCCUUGGGCCUUCUAUUUGGAGCACAAUUGUAAGUUUGAGAAAGGUGAUAUCUGGCCAUGAUAAUUAGAUAGUUAAAUUGAGAAAGUCUUUUAGGCUUCAAUUUAUAGCCCAAUUGAAAGUUUUCCAGUUUUCCUUCACCCUUUCUUUUGAUAAGCUUAAUAAUUUAUUUAAUUGACCUACUUCACAACCUUUUUCCUUUUUUCAUUAACGGUAGAAAUAUUAGUUACGAAAAAAGAAGGAAAGAAAACUCGUGAUAGUUGUACAAAAAAAAAAAAAGGAAACUCGUGAUAACUUUCCUUUUUCUUAAAAGGAAAAUACUAUUGUCACCGAGAAAAGAACAUGUAUAAAUAUAUCAUUACCCCCACACAGAUCCUAAUCCAACAACAACUCUAAAAUCUUUCCAACGUAACUUCUCCAAACUUAAAUCAUACAAACUUUUUUUUUUUUUUUUUGGUAAAAAAAUCAUACAAACUUUUAAUCCUUCUCUAGUUAAAAAUUAAUUCUUGUAAAAUGGCAAUGACCAUGUCCGAUGGCUUACAACGUAUUCGUUUCCCUAAAGGAAUCUCCGGUUACAUUCCUCCUCCGGGAUUCGCCCCACGCGCCACCGUAGCUAACGCCCGCUUAAACGAGCUAUUCAACGUAAUGACUAGUUGCGAAGGCGUGUCCCAGUUUAAAGACAUUAUCUCAAAGUCUGACCGAAAAGAGCUUCAGCUGAUGGUGCUGUUACUGACGUCAGACUCCGAUUACUUCACGGAGGUUGUCCGAAACAUUUACGGGUCGAGACGCGUCCAGAAGCUCCUCGGAAUAUCAGACGACAUGGACGCCUUCUUCUGCGCCGCUAUCUUGCGCCGGUUCUUCCAUAUCAUAACCGAUAAGUACGCAUCCUACGUGGUCAUUCGAGCUAUGCUCGUUUUCGACAAGAAGAAGAAGUAUGUAAUGUACGAGCACCUUCUCCACCACGCGCUCGACAUCGCGCGUAAUCAGUACGGUUGCAUCGCGCUUAACGAGGUCAUAACCGACGCGGAUGAUCCUUUCUACAGAAAUCUUCUACUAGACUUGGUCGCGCGCAACGCUCGCUGCCUAAGCAACGAGCCUUCAGGGAACUUCGUUGUCCAACACGUGCUUACACUCUACGACUUGCGUUGCACGCACAACGUAGCGGUUAGUCUUCGUGGCCAUUGCAUUGAUCUGUCGUUUAAAAAGUAUGGAAGCUACAUUGUAGAGAAGCUUCUAGAUACUGAGGAGUCGAUGGCUGUGGUGGUAACGGAGCUUUUGGAGUGCGAAGGAGGCAGGUUGAUGAGGCUAGCGAGGAAUGAGUAUGGGAGUUUCGUGGUAGUCAAGGCACUGAGAGUCACGCAUGAGACGAAUAGGGUUGAUCUGUUUAGGGGUUUGGUGCAGAAGCUGAUGCCUUCUCGCCACCUUUUGCUUAGGUCUCACGGAAGCAACAUUGUAAACUUCUUGGAGUCGACUAUUUAAGCUACCUAGCUCAAAUCAAAUUCUUCGAAUUUUAAUGUCUUAGGUUCUAUUUCAUUG